CAAAUCAGCAUUAACAUUCGCGAUCAAAAUAUUCACAAACCGGUAAACUCUGUCGGAGACCUGCUUCCAGUUUCUGUUCCAACUUCCAAGGAAGAGACGAUCCCAGGAAUAAAACCCAUAGCUCGUUUUUCCUAUGUUCGCGGUAAACCCAUCAAACCAGGCGCCAAUUUGAGGCCUUCUAGCCCAUCAAAAAAGCUUAACCCAUCCCGUUGGAGGAGGACUCCACACAAUUCAAAGCCAUUGGCGAUGCAGGCUACUCUCGCCAUCCCUAACAGUACAAUUUGCUUUACUAAUUUCCUUAGCAAAAGAGAAAAUCAGGUGGGAAUCAGACGACACGCUGAAAAGUUAAGUAAAUAUAGGGAAAUGAGUGGAGAAGGGAAGGUAGUGUGUGUAACAGGUGGUUCAGGUUAUAUAGCUUCAUGGCUAGUCAAAUUCUUGCUUCAAAGUGGUUACAUUGUCAAAGCCACUGUUCGUGACCUAAUUGACGCCAAGAAAACUGAACACUUACUUGCACUUGAUGGAGCCAAGGAAAGACUUCAUUUGUUCAAAGCUGAUUUAUUGGAAGAAGGGUCUUUUGAUGCUGCUGUUGAUGGGUGUGAAGGUGUUUUCCACUCAGCUUCCCCUGUAACUUCUGCAAUCAAUGAUCCACAGAUAGAACUGGUUGAUCCUGCUGUGAAGGGCACACUUAAUGUUCUUAGGUCUUGUGCAAAAGUGCCUUCUAUCAAGAGAGUGAUUGUAACAUCCUCAUUUGCAGCUCUUCCAUAUAGUAGAAAACCUCUCAACCCCGAUGUGGUUGUUGAUGAGACUUGGUUUUCAGACCCAGCUGUUUGUGAGGAACGGAAGCUUUGGUAUCAACUAGGAAAAACCUUAGGCGAGCAGGCUGCUUGGAAAUUUGCAAAAGAGAACAAUAUGGAUUUGAUUACCAUACAUCCAGUGUUUGUCCUUGGUCCUCUUUUACAGCCAAGUCUUAAUCAAUCUGUGGAGACAAUUCUGAACCUCAUAGGAGCUGAAGAGUAUCCUGAUGCAUAUUAUAAAUCUGUUGAUGUAAGAGAUGUUGCUUAUGCACAUAUCAGAGCUUUAGAGAUUUCUUCAGCUACUGGAAGAUAUAUUUUAAUGGAAAGAGAGGUUCAUUUCUCUGAGGUUCUGAAGAUUAUGCAACAACAUUGCCCCACACUGUGCCUUCCGCAAAAGAGCGGUACUGGAUUGAAUUUCUUAACGAAGUACGGUAUAUCCUCGGAGAAAGCGAAAACUUUGGGUAUUAACUUCAUUCCUUUGGAGGUGAGUCUGAAGGACACUAUUGAAAGCCUGAAAGAGAAGGGUUUCCUCAGAAUUUGAUUUUGACUUCUGAUGGGAAGUAAGGGAAAUAUUGCAUCAACGUUUCAGCUUCAUUGUUUUAGCUUUUAUUGCAACAAGAAAUUGCUAGUCUUCAAGGUUUUUGAUUGAAAUAUGUGGACAGAAAACACAUUUGUAUAUAUAGUACUAAAUUUUGCAUGUAUCGUACGUACUUUAAUAAUGAUACCAAAAAAUGCGAGUCACAGACUAUGCUUUUCUAGUCA